UUGUUGGUUAUUCGUGAGGCUACCAUCAUCUGAACAGGAGUGCGAAGAAAUUCCUUAGAACUGCUUUGUGCUAACCUUCAAUUUCAGUCUUAUUUUUCGAACGUGGUUAAUUUCUUCAAACAAAGAAUACUCGCCAUGUUAGCCCUCUCCCACUUCCCUGUUCAGGUCUGAGAUUUCUCUCCCUAGCCCCAAUUCGUCCUUGAUUUCUAACGUCUCUUAAGUGUGAAUGCUCGUCCUCGACGGAAGCUUGUUUAUCAAAGCUUAAUUUACGCUGUGAGCAGGAAACUGUUGUCGGCCGUCGCUGGUGAAAGCUUACGGAGAAAUUAAGAAAAAGUGAGCCUAAAUUUCACAGGCACUCUUCACAAAGAAUGGCUGGCUUGACAAAGAAGAAAAACUUUUCGGUGAACGAAGACUGCGUGACAAAGAUUUCGAAUUGUUCUGCCGUGGCGCAUCUGACAUCUGGCCACGUUACCUUGCAUCACCCUGCAGCAUCAGCUCCCCUGGGCGUCGUUAUGAAGAAAGUACCUAACAACUCUGCCAAGCGGGCUGCCCUCACUCAUCUUGUUCGCAGGAAAGCCGUCAAUAUCGAAUUCAACGAUGUUUCGUAUUCAGUUUCGGAGGGUAGGCGCAAAGGAUACAAAACCUUGUUGAAAUCGAUCAGUGGGAAAUUCAAUUCUGGUGAGCUAACGGCAAUUAUGGGGCCAUCAGGUGCAGGGAAAAGCACCCUGAUGAAUAUCUUGGCUGGAUUCAAGGGCUCAAAUAUGACGGGUGAAGUACUGGUAAAUGGCGUUGAGCGCGAUCCACGAAUAUUUAGAAAAAUGUCUUGUUACAUUAUGCAGCAUGAUGAAUUGUGUCCUCACUUGACGGUGAUGGAAGCGAUGAUGUGCUCGGCAAAUCUUAAACUGGCUGACCGAAUCACGCACGCGGAAAAACAGUUGGUGGUUUACGAAAUUCUAGAAACAAUGGGACUGAAAGAUUGCGAAAACACCCGAACAUUGAACCUAUCGGGCGGGCAGCGCAAACGCUUGGCUAUUGCUCAAGAAUUGGUCAACAAUCCUCCCGUGAUGUUUUUCGACGAACCUACUAGCGGGUUGGAUAGCUCUUCCUGCAUGCAGUGCAUUCUGCUGCUUAAGCAACUUGCUCAAGGAGGGCGAACAAUCAUUUGCACGAUUCAUCAACCAAGUGCUAGGCUGUUCGAGAAAUUUGAUCGACUUUAUCUGUUAGCCGAAGGACAGUGCAUCUAUAGAGGCAUAACUGGAGGACUGGUGCAGUUUUUAUCGUCUCUAGGACUAGAUUGCCCCAGUUACCACAACCCCGCUGAUUUCGUGAUAGAAAUCGCCAAUGGAGAGUAUGGUGACAAUGGGAUAUCUAAACUAGUGGUGGCCGUGCUGAGUGGUAAAUGUAACAAUUGGAACCAAGACGUCAAUCAUAAAUCUCCACCAUCGCCAACCGAUGAAGCGAAGGCCGUCGACUCUUAUGUUGAUGUGUCUGGGACAAAGACGCAUGUCACCGUUUCUAUUGGACUUCCUGCGUGUGACAAUGUUGCUCGUGCGACAGAUUGCCUACUUGAUUCGGACGACAACUUACCGUCGCGUUGCUCCACAUUUCCCACGUCAUGUUGGGCGCAAUUUUUAAUCCUUCUUCGCAGGACUUUUAUAUGCAUUAUGCGAGACCAAACACUAACCGGAUUAAGGGUCGCUUCUCACCUGAUCGUCGGCCUUAUUAUUGGCAUGUUGUAUUACGGCAUCGGUAAUGAAGCGUCGAAAGCGUUCAGCAAUUCAGGUUCCUUGUUUUUCGGACAACUUUUCCUCAUGUUUACUGCCAUGAUGCCGACGGUUCUUACUUUCCCAAUGGAAAUGGCAGUCCUAAUGAGAGAGCAUUUGAAUUAUUGGUAUUCCCUAAAAGCAUAUUAUCUCGCCAAAACAGUGGCAGAUCUUCCAUUUCAGAUUAUAUUUCCAACACUCUACGUAGUCAUCGUCUACUUCAUGUCGGACCAACCUUGUGAACCGAUGCGGUUUUUUAUGUUUUUAACGAUGAGUGUCAUGACUAGUUUGGUAGCUCAAAGUCUCGGCCUCGUCAUAGGAGCUGCUAUGGAUCUUCAAGCAGCUGUGUUCCUCGGGCCCGUCACCACUAUUCCCAUUUUAUUGUUUUCGGGAUUCUUUGUAACGUUGGACACGAUCCCGCCGUAUUUAAGAUGGCUGUCUUACGUUGCCUACGUGAGAUACGGCUUUGAAGGAACGAUGUUGUCAAUCUAUGGAUUCAAUCGACCCAACAUGCAUUGUUCUGAAGCGUACUGCCACUACAGAUCGCCAGAAAAGUUUCUCGAAGAAUUUGAUGUCCGCCAUUCUCUCUAUUGGGUUGAUUUGGUCGUACUCGGUUUUUUUGUCGUAUUACGAUUGAUCGCGUUUUUCGUCCUCAAGUGGAAGUUACGGUCUCAGCAUUGAAACAUGCGUGCGUCAUGGUCUCGUUUAUUACCUUCCUUUUGCCUCCAAGUGCCACUCUGUAUCUUCAGAUGAGACUCUCUGCAGAUGGUGUUUACCAACUCUCGCCAUGAUGCGUUUCCAAUCAUUUCUCGCGCGAGUCCUUAUGCGUGAAAGGAAGCUUUCAUUUCCUGUUUGUGGACCUGAAGGGAUCCGAACAUCCUUCGCAAUGGGCGGCGGCUAGCUAAUUACUGCCUAAAUGUUUCUUAAUCAAACCAUCAAGACAAAUCUGGUUCUGGAUACGCGCUUCCCCAGUUUUCAAUAAUUACCCAAGUUCUCUCGUUAUAUCUGGACCUUUGAUGACUGUUAGACUAUUAAAAAAAAAAUAGUCCUGCAUGUGAGAUAAUCCCUCCAUUGUCUUUCUAUUCUUUUUCCCUAAUAACAUUCCUCCCCAAUAUUUCUCUUGCUCCCGUCAGUAUGUAGUUGUUCUUUCAUACAAGAUUGUACAACGUUUA